AAGCCCAGAGCAGAGUCACCUACAACCAGCCUGCUAUCAAUGAAGAGUGAUCAGCCACCUGCUUUCAGCCAGGAACCAUUACCAGAUGACAAUAAGGAAGUGGAGAGUUUGGACAGUGAGGAUGCAUUAAAGAUCACACACAACCUUCUGGACAGAAGAAGUCAAACUCUGCUGACAGUCCAACAAGAGAUUAAGGCUAAACUGAAACACAAGUAUCAACACAUAUCUGAAGGAAUUGGACACCAUGGAAACCAAAGUCUGUUCAAGGACAUCUACACAGAGCUCUACAUCACAGAGGGUGGAAGUGGAGGGCUCAAUAAUGAACAUGAGGUUAGACAGAUCGAGAUGGCAUCCAAGAAACAAACCACACAAGAGACACCAAUCAAAUGCAACGACAUCUUCAAGCCUUUACCUGGACAAGACAAACCUAUCAGAACUGUGCUGACAAAAGGAAUCGCUGGUGUUGGAAAAACAGUCUCUGUGCAGAAAGUCAUCCUUGACUGGGCAGAAGGAAAAGCAAAUCAGGACAUUCAUUUCAUGUUUCCUCUUCCUUUCCGUGAUCUGAACCUGAAAAAGGACCAAUACAGUCUGAUGCAACAUAUAUCCCACUACUUGUCAGAGCUGAAAGAGAUUGACAGCAUUGAAGAUGGUGAAACCAAAACCGUUUUCAUUUUUGAUGGUCUGGAUGAGUGUCGACUUCCUCUAGACUUCAAAAACAAUGAGAAAUGCUGUGAUGUCACGAAGCCUACCUCAGUGGAUGUGCUGCUGACAAAUCUUAUCAAGGGGAAUCUGCUUCCCUCUGCUCUCCUCUGGAUAACCUCACGACCUGCAGCUGCCAAUCAGAUCCCUCCUGAGUGUGUUGACCAGGUAACAGAGGUACGAGGGUUCAAUGAUCCACAGAAGGAGGAAUACUUAAGGAAGAAAAUCAAAGAUCAGAAUCUGGCCAGUGAAAUCAUCAAACACAUGAAGACAUCAAGGAGCCUCCACAUCAUGUGCCACAUACCAGUCUUCUGUUGGAUAUCAGCCACUGUCCUUGAGAUUAUGCUGAAAGAGGCAGAGAAGGAUGAAGUCCCCAAAACUCUGACCCAGAUGUACUCACAUUUCAUUCUCAUCCAAAUCAUUGCGAAGAACAAGAAGUACAACAAAGCCACAGAGACAAACCCCAAGGAACUGUCUCAGUCAGACAAAGAGAUGAUCCUGAAACUGGCAAAGCUGGCUUUCCAACAGCUGCAGAAGGGCAACCUGAUCUUCUAUGAGGAGGACCUGAGAGAGUGUGGCCUUGACGUCACAGAGGCGUCAGAGUACUCAGCAUUGUGUACAGAGAUCUUUAAAGAGGAAUCUGGGCUGUACCAAGACAAGGUCUACAGCUUUCUGCAUCUGAGCAUUCAGGAGUUUCUAGCAGCAGUGCAUGCUUUAGAAUCUUGUCUGGACAAGAAGGAAAAUGUUUUCUCCCCAACUAGUGAUGAUGAAGAGAAGGAGUCAAUCCAGUUGUCUGACUUACACAGGAGAGCAGUGGACCAGGCCUUGAAGAGUGAGAAUGGACACCUGGACCUGUUCCUCCGCUUCCUUCUGGGUCUCUCACUGGAGUCCAAUCAGAAUCUGUUACGAGGCCUUCUGACACAGACAGGAAGUACAACACAGACCAAUGAGGAAACAGUUGAGAGAACAGUCAGGUACCUUUCAGACAAGAUCAAGGAGGAAUCCUCACCAGAAAGGAUCAUCAACUUGUUCCACUGUUUGAAUGAACUUGGUGCCAACUCUCUAGUUGAAGACAUGCAGAACUCCCUGCAUUCAGGAACUCUUUCAGAAACAAGACUAAAACCUGACCAAUGUUCAGCCCUGGCCUACCUGUUACUGAUGUCAGAGGAGGUGCUGGAGAAGUUUAAACUGAAGAGAUACAACACAUCAGAGAAAGGUUAUCAGAGGUUAAUGCCGGUAGUGAAAACCUGCAAGAGAGCACUACUGGAUGGCUGUAAACUCACAUAUAAAUCCUGUGAGACUCUGGUCUCAAUUCACCAGACACCAAACUGCCCUCUGAGAGAACUAGACCUCAGCUACAAUGACCUGGAAGACAGAGGAGUGAAGCUGCUCUGUGUUGGACUAACCAAUCCACUCUGCAACAUACAGACACUAGUACUAGCCGGCUGUAACCUCACAUAUGAAUCCUGUGAGACUCUGGCCUCAGCUCUGCAGACACCAAACUCCCCCGUAAGAGAACUGGACCUCAGCUACAAUGACCUGGGAGACAGAGGAGUGGAGCUGCUCUGUGUUGGACUAACCAGUCCACUCUGCAACAUACAGACACUAGUUCUUGGUCAGUGUGGUCUGACAGAGGGUUGCUGUUCAGAUCUGGCCUCAGUCCUGAGUUCACCCAACUCACAACUGAAACAACUGGAGUUGAGAGACAAUGACCUGCAGGACUCAGGAGUUACACUGCUGUCUGCUGGACUGAAGGAUCCAGACUAUAAACUACACACACUGGGGCUGUCUGGCUGUCUGGUCACAGAGGAGGGCUGUGCUGCUCUGUCUUCAGCUCUGAGGUCAAACCCCUCCCACCUGAAAGAGCUGGACCUGAGCUACAAUCACCCAGGAGACUCUGCAGGGGGACUGCUUUCAGCUGCUCUGGUGGAUCCCACAUAUAAACUGAUGAAGCUGAAUGUGGAUCAUGGUGGAGAGUGCAGGCUGAAAUCAGGGCUGAGAAAAUAUGCCUGUCAUCUCACCCUGGACCCAAAUACAGCACACCCACACCUGAUACUGUCUGAGGGGAACAGGAAGGUGACAUGGGUGUUGGAGAACCAACAUUAUGAAGACCAUCCAGACAGAUUUGAUUGUCUUUUCCAAGUUCUCUGCAGAGAAGGCUUAUCUGGAGGUCGUUAUUACUGGGAGGUGGAGAUGGACGGUGACCAGAUUUACAUCGGUGUGGUGUACAAAGGAAUGAAGAGGAAGGGAGAUGAGGAUGACAGUUGGAUUGGACUCAAUAGGAAGUCCUGGUGUUUAUUCUGCUCUGAUAGCGGUUAUGACUUUUACCAUCCUGGAGUCAGUGUCAGAAGAUCCAUCUCUGAUCCUGUUCCUAACAGAGUUGGAGUGUAUCUGGACUGGUCAGCUGGUACUUUGUCCUUCUAUAGUGUGUCCUCCUCUGGUACACUGACACACCUUUACACAGAACACACCAGAUUCACUGAACCCCUCUAUCCUGGGUUUGGGUUUGAGGUUUCCUCCUCCUCAGUCACUCUGUGUCAGAUAGACGAUCGACACAAUCAAAGGUGAGUCAUCGAUCUAGGUAACAAUCAUUCUAGGUAACAUAAUAACAAAAUCCUCAUCAAUCAUCCUACCAGGAAUCAAGGUAAGACCCAGAUUCAGACACAUUGAUAUGACAAUGGUUUAAUAUUCCAACAGGGGCAGGCAAUAGA